GGGUCUGUGAGCGGAUCGGUUCUAAGUGAUUGAGCUCGCAUUCGAUCGCAUUUCCGUAAAAGUUUCGAAUCUAUAAUGUGGUCGUUUAUUGGUUUAGUAUUAGGCUUUGUUCACGUAGCAUUUGCUAUCGUCUAUUUGUAUUUAACAUGGCAUCACAAUUACUGGAAGAAACGCGGUAUAGUGACAGCGAAACCAUUUACAAUUCUUGGCACAUAUCCAGGUGUUUUGGGUUGGGGUAAACGUGGUCUUGUACUCGAUGUGCAGGAAGUUUAUAACAAAUACAAGGGAAAACAUCGGGCGGUAGGCACCUUCUUGACACGUGAACCACAACUGUUGAUCUUGGAUCCAGCACUGGCCCAUGAGAUUCUGGUAACGAAUUUUAACAAUUUUCGUGAUACCAUAACCAGCGGUUUUGUGGGUCACAAUGAGGAUGACAAAUAUGUGGCACGUAAUCCCUUCUUUAGUUCCGGCGAUACUUGGAAGAAGAGACGCACUGAGGGAGGAGGUGGCCUUACCGCAAAUAGACUAAAAUUGGGCUAUGCCAUUUGGCAAGAGAGUGGUCAGAGAUUGCUCAAGUACAUGGAAAAGGCUAUAGCAGAGAAAGGCAACAUUAUUGAAACUAGAGAUCUCUCAUAUCGUUUUAUGGCCAAUACCAUGGCUGAUUUUAUUUGGGGCAUCGACGCUGGCUCAUUGACCUGCAAGGUACAGGAGCAGUGCGAAUUUCAGAAGGUCUCCACCGCUUGGGCUUUUAUUGCCUUCCAGAGCAUUACCAAAUUCAAUCGAUCCUUGGUCGCUCCCUUUAUGCGUAAAUUGCUUCAAAUGCGCCUAUUUAGCAAGGAGACGGAUGCCUUCUAUUUACAACUGACUCAGCAGGCGGUGAAACUUCGUCAGAAUGGGAACGGCUCAAAUCGGGCAGAUUAUCUAUCGCAUCUCAUACAGCUCCAGCAGAAGGGCAAUAUCAUGGAUGACUCUGUCGGGCAUGCUUUGACUGUUCUUAUGGAUGGCUACGAAACCUCUGGGGCUGUCCUUUAUCAUUUACUUUAUUCGCUCAGCGAAUACCAUGAAGUGCAAGAAAAGUUACGCACCGAAAUAUUAGAUGCUCUUGGUGAUGAUAAGAGUAUCAGCUAUGAGGAACUCAUCGCCUUGCCUUAUCUCGAUCAGUGUGUAAAUGAAUCAUUACGACUGACCACACCCAUUGGAUUUUUAAUGAAGAUCUGCACUCGACCCACACAAAUCGAUGUCGGAAAUGAUAAGACCCUAAACUUGGAGCCCGGCGUUUCUGUUCUCAUACCUGCCUUUCAAUUUCAUCACGAUGAGUCUCUCUAUCCGCAAGCAGAUGAAUUUAAGCCCGAACGGUUUGGCAAUGAGCCGGCAACUGAAUUUACUAAACGUGGAAUGCUUUUACCAUUUGGGGAUGGUCCCCGAAUUUGUCUAGGAAUGCGUGUUGGCCAGCUAAAUGUUAAAACGGCAGUCGUACAAAUUCUCUCACAAUAUAAAAUAAGGCAGACGAAAAAAUUGUCGAUGAGCUCGGACAGUGGUUUGGGACUAUUCCUUGAUGGUGAUAUUGAAUUGGAAUAUAUCAAAUUGUGAAAUAAUAAAAAAAUGAGGACCAAA